CAGGGCAGAGCUCCAAGGGGGGUCCACCGAGACCAACGCCCGUGGGAGCUCCCGCCAAUAAUUGAUCCAGCUGCUCAGCUCCCUUGGGACGCUUGGCCAGGUGUUUAUAUCCGGUGCGGGGGAUCCCAGCACCCACUGCAUCCACUGCACCACCUUCUCGCCCUGCAACCGCCGAGCGGCCACUCACAACAUCGCCAGGCUCAUGCACGUCGCAGCUUUCCCUCUGCAUCGCGAAAAAAGUGGUUGAUCAUCAUCACUCGGUCACCACCCUCGGGCCCUGCGGUGGCUAACGCCCAUUGUGCCAGUUCGAGCUACAUGACUUUGAGAUUUCUUCUGUUUCCCUUACCGCCUCAACAUCCUCGUCCAUCGGCCGGUGGCAGUCUCUCCUUCAGCUCCUCCCCUCCCUCGCCAUCAUGGCACCUAUCCGCGCGGCUGUCUUUGCGACGGUGAGAGCUCUCUCCCUCCAGAACUAACCGCGCUGUUUCCCCGCAUCGUUGUUUGGAUGGUUAUGUGCACCAUCACUGACGCAAAGCUGGCUAGCUGCUCAUGAACGAUGCCUACCUACCAGGCGCUAUGGUCCUGGGCCAUUCUUUGAAAGACAAAGGUGCAAAGGCUCCUUUGGUCGCUUUUAUUCUGGUUGACCGAUUGUCCUCGGAUACCAUCACUGAGCUUCGAACCGUCUACGAUGAAAUCGUACCGAUCCAGGAGAUCAAAAACAAAAAUCCCGCCAACCUCUACCUCAUGAACCGAGCCGACUUAAUAUCCUCCUUCACAAAAAUCGAGCUGUGGCGGCAGACUCAGUUUAAGAGAAUAGUGUACUUGGAUGCAGAUAUGGUCGCACUGAGGGCUCCCAAUGAACUUCUUACUCUGGACACAAACUUUGCUGCAGUACCGGAUAUCGGCUGGCCCGAUUGUUUCAACAGUGGUAUGAUGGUGCUGAAUCCCAACAUGGCAGACUACUAUUCUCUCUACGCAUUGGCACAGAGGGGGAUCAGCUUUGAUGGAGCUGAUCAGGGUCUCCUCAACAUGCACUUUCGCGAGUGGCAGAGAUUGAGUUUCGUGUACAAUUGCACACCAAGCGGCCAUUAUCAAUAUGUCCCGGCCUACCGACACUUCUCAAGUAGUAUUGCAGCAGUGCAUUUCAUCGGCAAAGACAAACCGUGGACCUUGGGUCGAGAUAACAAGCUCAAUACAGGCGUCUAUGGUGAGCUACUGGGGAUGUGGUGGUCUGUAUAUGACAGACACUAUCGACCAAAGACGGUCACUUACUACGACGCCCAAACUUUCGACUCCUCCAAAAAGGUCCAAGACUACGUGCGUGGGGAGGAACCUUUGUAUGUGGUGGGCUAUUCAAGCCACCAGCCAGCACCGGGCCCAGGUCCACAGCCCCAGCAAGAAUAUCACCGUCCUUCAGAGCAACAUCACCACGAAUACCAGCAGGGGCAACAGCACCAACAGCACCAUCAUUACCAGGAACAACACCACCAUCAAGACCAGCAGCACCAUCAUCCGGCGUCCGAGCAUACCGGGCAAAUGCCCUUACCUCCCGAGAUUCAGGUGCAUCAUUCUCAACCAGGUCAGACAACGUCUGUAGAGCUGCCAUUAGGCGACGCACCUACUCCCAAAGCCGCGUCUGACUUCCAUCCUGUUCCUACCGUUGAACAGAGACGAUUCUCGGCACCCCACGCCGAAUGGGAUCCCGCACGAGAACCUCCACCUGCGCACUCGAAACCAGAAGCCUCCAAUUUCCCCACCAUGGUCUAUGACAUGUCGAGCGAGACCACGCUGUUCCAACCGCCUGCUCACUACCCGGAAGCACCAAAGGAUAUGUGGUACCAGGUACCCGAAAAGGCCCCCGAAGCUGCGAAACCGAAACAUAUCUUCCCCUGGGAGACGAGGGCACCCAAGCCGACAAGAGUAUUUCCCCAACCGAGACAGCCGAGUCCACCGCCUCCUCCGCCCCCGGAACCGGCACCUGUCGUCCCCGAGGAAGUGACGACUCCCUCAGCAGCGACUGACGUCACUGGUGUGACCGAAGAAAGCGUGCUCACACCGCCCGCGGCACCAGUCGACCUUUGGGCGUCGUUCCAGCAAAGGAGCAAUGCAUGGGACGACAUGCCUGAGAUAGAGCGUUACGUGCAGUCGAUCAGUCAACCGCGAAAAGGCAAGAUACAGGUCCUGUAUAACACCCUCGGACAGCGCUCGCCUCGUAACACCAGCGGGAGCACGACUCCCACAGAGAGAGACCGACGGCGCCCGAGCAUCAAACUAACCGACUUCCCCACCAAGGACGAGCGCCCGAGCUUACCCGUGACUCCAGCACCGAUACGACGACCCACAUUCUGGGGAGAGGAGAAGGACGAAGAAGGCACCUUGCCGACCGCAGAAGGAGUACCAAAACAAGAAGAUUGGGUGCGUCGAUUCUCCCACUACCCUCAACCUGAGUUUCCUGCUUCACAUCCCCCAUCGCAUGCUGCGCGUCAUGAUUUGUAUUGGAGAUGCCAAUAUUGUGGGAAACAGAACCCGAUCACAAAGUUAGAACAGCUGCAGUUGUUGCAGAGUGAGGCGUUGUUGUCACCCGAGGGGCCUCGGGAAUUGGCACAGGCGGCAGAGCCUCCGACAAGAAAGAUGCCAGAGAGCUCGACCAAGGAAGAGAUGGAGAAGGCGGUCAUCUCACACAUAUCCCCUACAAAAGUGCCCAAGGCGCCCAAACCCAUUCUGAAGCCUCCGCACUUUGAGUUGGGGCAGGACGUUGUGGGGGAAGUGGAAAACCCUACACGAGGUGGGCUAGAAGACAAAGAUUCGUCGACAAAAGUGCAAGCAGCCCCGGCGAAAGAGGAUUCGAUUGAUCCGUUGUCUAGGCCGGCUGCUGAUGAGGAGGAGGUGCCUCUCGAGCACGAACCAAGGGCCGUUGUGGCUCCCACGACAGCAUGAAGAUGGAAUGGAAUGGAACGGGAUGAGUGAUGAGGUGGCUCCGUCAUAAGGUGGGAAUGUUUCUGACAAGUGUUUUGCCGCAUGCUUGUUGUCGAGAUUGCAAAAGCUCUCUGCUUGUUUUGGUGGGAAUCGCUUUGGUGUUUUUGAUUUACGCAUGACUUACGCAUACAUAUGGAGCAUCUUUGGACGUCUAGUUUGAGGCUGAAUGGGCCAUUGCCUUGGGCGUACGAGUUCUUGUCUAACGUGUAUCAUUAUGUUCAACAGCAUUGCAUGGCAAGCGCCUCAAUUUCGUUGCUGCAUUGGCCGGCGUGUUGGGCUGUGUUCAUGGUCUCUGGCACAUACAUGUACUUAAUCGAUCACUUUGGAGGAUCUGGUAGCGUGAGAUGCUGAUUCAACUACUCGUCCUGGGCCAACAAUCAUGGCUCGAUGGCUUCCAUGGUGUGUGUCAUAGAAGAAAAAGGGGCCACCCCAGAAGUUCAGCCUCGG